AUGUGUUUGCAUGCUUUGAAAAAAAUGAAAUUAGGGUUUAUAGGAGCUGGUAAAGUAGCCCAAGCUAUGGCUCAAGGAAUAAUAAAUGCUGGGGAAAUUACAGCUAAAAAUAUAAUAGCCAGUGCUCCUAGAUCUAAAAUUGAUAAUAUUUUUCUAGAACAUAUUGCUAAAAAUGGAAUAAAAACGACUCAUAGUAACAGCGAAGUAGUCAAAUUUGCCGACAUCGUAAUUUUGGCCGUUAAACCAAAUGUUAUGCCCAUAAUAUUGCCAGAAAUUGCUCCCGAAGUUUCGAAAAAAAAUUUAAUUUUAUCUUUCGCCUUAGGAGUGACAUUGAGAAACAUCGAAAAGGCCUUGCCUAUGCACACGCGAGUCGCUCGCGUGAUGCCCAAUAUAGCAAUGCACAUAGGCCAGGGAACUUCGGUCUACUGUCUCGGCAACAGCGUGAGACCGACCGAUCCUAAACUGAUCCGCAAUCUCAUGGGCGCGGUCGGGUAUGUUGAAGAACUACAAGACGAAAGCUUGAUGGACUGCGUGACAGCUCUAAGCGGAUCCGGCCCUGCUUAUUGCUUUAUGAUUUUGGAAUCCCUGGUUGACGGAGCCGUCAUGAUGGGAAUGUCUCGGGCUCAAGCCAUGCGCUUGGCUGCUAAUACCCUCAUAGGAGCCGCUGCUAUGUGCUUGAAAGGUAACUACGAAAACGGAAGUAUGGGUUCUUUAAAGGGUGACGUAUGUUCUCCCGGAGGUUGCACUGCUAGGAGUGUUUUUGUGCUCGAAAAAAUGGGAUUGAGAGCUGCCCUUAUAGCUGCUGUGGAGGCUUCGACUUUAAGGUCAAAAGAAAUUUACAAGGAAUCUCUCGGCAGACCCGGUUACAUGAUGGAUAGCAACGACAACCAGAGCUAUUCCAGUAGGAGUUCACUUUUGGAUGUUGGUGAGGAAGCAGAAAAUGAAUUUAAGGCGGAAGCGAUCAAUGCUGAUGGAGAAAAUAGUCUACGGACUAGAAAUAAAGAACCCGCUUUACUUCCCGUUUAUAGCGUUCCCGAUCAUUUCAAUAGAGCAUAAUAAAAUAGUUUUCAUAAUUUUGAUGAUUGGAGGAUAGUUUACAUUUGUUUUUUAUCUUCUGAAUAUCUAUUAUUUGUAAAUGGGAUUUAAAGGAAGAAAAAUAAUUGUUUUUAAAGAUAGUAAUUAUUAUUUUUCCUAACAAUAAUGUAUUUUUAGAAUCAAUUUCAUGAAAAAGUUAUUUUCAUUGGUGCCUAAUUUUUUUAAAAUUAUUUAUAGA